AGCACUCUCCACCUGUAUCCAAAGGGGGGGGGGGUGUAGGGCAGGGGCGUGUUGCCACCCCCCAAAACUCAGUCCCCAAAUGUUCGUCCUUCCUUCCCACGGGGGGUUGAUCCCGUCCCCCCUUGGGGCAGUUUGCCGGGACUUCCACAGUCACAGACUAUUCUGGGAGGGUUUAUAAAUAUCCUCCACACGCUCCCGGGCGCUGAUACCGCCCGCACCCCGGAUGGGGGCCGCGUCCAGCCCCAUCUGGGUGCCCCAUCCCAGCGGCUGCCAUCUCCAUAACAACGCUGCCUCCAGCUCCCACCCCCUCCCCGGCUGUGGAUCCCGUCGUGCUCAUGGCUCGGGGCGGUCGGCAGCGGGGCAGUGCAGGCAAAGGGACGGCGGUGGGGUGGCCGGGGACGCGUGUCCAGUCCGGCCCCGCGCGGCUGCUGCCUUACAAGGAGUUUGGCUGCGACCCGAGCGGUGGGAGCAGCACUCGCCUCCUCCUGCCUCAUUCAUCGGGAGCGGCACCGCCGUGACCCCCUUGUGCCCAGCGUCAUCCCGGCGGUAGGACAGAGGAUGGCUUCGAUGUUUGGCAAACCGAGGGUCAGCACCGAGAAGCCACCGCAGAGCCCCAUGGCGGAGUGCAACGUGGCCAUCCUGGGGUGCCGGGGGGCUGGAAAGUCAGCGCUCACAGUGAAGUUUCUCACCAAGAGGUUCAUCAGCGAGUAUGACCCCAACCUGGAGGACACCUACACCUCAGAGGAGCUGGUGGACCAGCAGCCCGUGCUGCUGAAGGUGAUGGACACGGCUGACCAGGACGGCCCCAUCAACUGCGAGCGCUACCUGCACUGGGCCAACGCCUUCCUCGUUGUGUACAGCAUUGACGACAGGAGGAGCUUCGAGGGCUGCAGCCGAUACCUGGAUGUCCUGGCCCGGCACGCGCGGGGCUGCCAGCGCCAGAGCCCUGUGCUGCUGCUGGGCAACAAGCUGGACAUGGAGCAGUACAGGCAGGUGACCAAAGCCGAAGGGACGUCCCUGGCCACCAAGUUUGGGUGCCUGUUCUACGAGGUGUCUGCGUGCCAGGACUUCGCGGCGGUGCAGCACGUCUUCCACCAGGCCGUGCGGGAGCUGCGGCGAGAGGCAGAGCGCGGCCCAGCCCUGCGGCCCCUCUUCAUCGCCGAGGAGCAGCCCUGCCUGGCCAUGGCCACCCGGCACGGCCUGGCCAGCUGCACCAUCAACACUCUGUCUACUGUCAACAUCAAGGAGAUCCCCUCGGUGGCCCAGGCCAAGCUGGUCACAGUCAAGUCAUCGCGGGCUCAGAGCAAGAGAAAAGCACCCACGCUCACCUUGCUAAAAGGCUUCAAGAUAUUUUGAGGUGCGUCCCUCCCCCGUUCUGAAGGGGAUGGUAGCACCAGGAAUGGGGACCUCAUCCCGCUGACCCCUGCACAGCCUGCGUGAUGGAUCUGUGGGUGUCGGCUCCUCCUGGAACCAAGAAGCAUUGCAGGAGGGCUGCGCUGUGCAUCCAUGUGUGAAUGGGACCACGCACCAGCAGGCAGAUGGGAGCCCAGGGAGCACGAACCACUCCUUCAUCAAACACAGACACGGCUGUGUCCCACGGCUCCCCUCACCAAGCAAUAACUAGGAAGGAUUCAUUGUUUUCCUCCAGAUGAGGAAGAUGUGGGUAACAUCACAGCUGGCCGCAGGUGCCCUAAAACUGAUCCCAGUGCGCUGAGUGAGUCACACCAACACAACUGGUUUUCUAACCACCUUUUUACAGGACAAUGCUCCUUUCUGAAGGUUUUUGCAAGCAGAAAUGCGUCACCGACCAGAAUACGUUCUUAAAAGCUUUUCCUCAAAAAAAAACUCCGUUGUCUUUUCCAAAUGUCUUAAGUUAUUUCACAACCUCCACGUGUGCCCUGUGCGGGCUGUGAAGCGGAUCCUACCGCAGAGCGCUGUGUGCCAUGAGCGGGCUCUGCCCAUGUCAGGGCCACGUGUGCUCGUGUUCCUUGGGGUGAACGUUCUGCUUCUCCCCACUGCUGCAGCCAUCCGCAGAGUUAAGACAUCCGUGUGCGUAUUUGUACAUUUAUUCAUACAGAUAAGACUAGAGUGAUACACAGAGAUUCAAUACGGGGUUUUGAUCGAGCACUUUGGAGAAUAUUUUAAUAAAGGUAACUUUUGAAAAGAA